AUGGCAAGUACACAGAUGAAAUGCAAUAAUAAUGACAAUGACCUGGUAGAGUUAAAUGCCUUUUGCAAUAGACUCAAUAAUAACUUGAAAAUAGAAAAUGCAAAUUCAACCAGAGACUAUGAAGAGGCUAUUGCUGAAUCUUGGGAAAUAUUUUCGAAAUUAAACAGUAUUACUGAUGGUGCUACUAUUUCCACUGCCCUAAAAAAUACUGAAUAUAUUGAAAAAAUGAUUAAUGAGAUCGAAAUCGUUUGGGUUAGAAGUUUCAAAGAUCAUAAUGUAUCUAGACAAUACCUAUUAAACUCUAUUUGGGGUCACAAUAAUAGAGAUCUUGCUAGGCAUUUUGAAUUGAUUUUUAAAUUAAAUGUUAAUUUUAUAUCUAAUAACAUGAACUCCAACAAAAUACUUCAUAUUUUAAAUAUAGCUAUUGAAGCAUUAGACACUAACCCCAAUAGUACUGAAUUUUUACCCGUUGAACUACACACUCUUUUGAAAAAAAAUGGUUCAAACUUGGUUUGUUUAGAGUUUAUUACCUUGUUGUUAAAAAACGAUAAAAUUUUAAAAAAAUUGAAAUUUCAAGACGUUGAAUUUUUGGUUCCUAUUCUGGCUAAAAACUUUGUUGAUUUAUCAAAUAUCAGCAUCACCACAUCAAGCUCCACUCUAUACUUUCAGGAAAUUUACAAAAACAAAGGUAAUGCAUUUAUUAUUAUGAUUUUCAGUGAAUUGAAGCGUUUAGAUGAACAUCGACUUGAACUCAAGUUUAUUGACUACAUUAAUUCUUUAAUAGUUGAAGUAGAAGAACAGAUAGAUAAUGGCGGUAAGUCGUUUGACAUCAUAUUAACCUGUUUAAUUGAUUUAUAUCCUAUUAUGACACGUAUUUGUUCUUCUAUUUUUUUAUCCUCGAAUUUCCAAAAAAUAUUGAUCGCUUCUGCCACAAAUACUGCUAAUAACAACAAUAUAAAAAAUAUUUUCAAAUUGCUAAGUGUCGCAUGCAUUGACGAGUCUGUGCGUGUUUUCAUUGCGGAAAAUUAUUUGGAUGUUUUAAUUAAAUGUUUACAAAUCGCUAAUUUAAAAUUGUUCUGUGCCGCAGUUUUGGUCAAAAUAUGGAAUUUUACAAAAUUGGUUAACGAACACAACGUUAACUUAACAGAUUUAACCCAAAUAUUCAUUGAGGAAAUAUUAUCUUAUGAUAUGGACCAUCAGGACGUCGUAAUUGUUGGUACCACGUCAUUUUAUCCUGAAUUAAAAAAAACGGAAUCUGUAAUUAACCAAAAAGUAACUGCGGAAAAACAGGAACUAUCAUUAGCCAUAGAAAGUUUGAGUUAUCUAAGUUUAAAAAAACAAGUUGGUCACAUUAUCAGACAAAACGGUGAUUUAUGUUUAAAAUUUUUUGAUAUUUUUAGAAAUGAUGAUUAUAGCUCUGAAACUUAUGGUCUUUUGUCAAUAAUUUGCAAUUCAAUUGAACCACCCACUGAUAAUGAAAAGGAGCAUAAGGAUUUGGGAAAUUUGGUAGGUACUCUUGCCGCCAAGGGAGAAGAAAGUUCUAUGGACACUGAAGAGACUAACGAAAACAUUCACGAUUUUGUGGAAGAUUAUAUUUUAGAUUUAGGCGUUAUCAACUACAUCAUUGCACAUUUUUCCAAAUUUUCUUUAGGAAGUAAGGAACUGAUUGGUAAAUUAUUCUAUUAUGUUUGUAAACAUGAUCGCGAAUUCAUUUCUGACUUGGAUAAAACGGGUGACAUUUUGAUUUCCAUUAUCAGAGAAAAAAUAGCAGUAGCUGGGUCUUCCUCUUUACGUUCUGUCAUUGCUAAUGAUCCACCCUCACUCAGAGCAUUGAGAUUAAUUUUGAUGUUUAACGAUCCAGCUAAGGUAUUUUAUAAUCAUGAAAAGGAUAUUCUAGAAGCCACAGUGCUUUUUAUGGAAAGUCUACCGUCUCCGGAUAGUGACAAUGAUCAAGGGAUUAAGACUUAUGAAAACUUGAUAGCAUUGAGCAAUUUGGCAUCUACUUCAAAUAAAAAGUUGGUUAAAAUUAUUACAUCCAAUGGUAACACUACCAAGUAUUGGGAUAAGAUUGAAAACCUCUUAAUUGACUCAAAUCAUAUGAUUCAGAGAUCUGCAUUAGAGUUGGUAGUUAAUAUAAUGGCUACAGAUAUAGAGAGUACGGCCAAAUUUUUCAAUUACGAUAAUCCCAAAAGUUUGAAAAAUUAUAAAUUAUUGGUUGAUUUUUUCCAGCUAAAAGAUGUUAAAUCUCAAGAGGCUGUUGCUUCCAUUUUUUGCAAUGUGGCACAUAUUCCAUUCAUAUCUUCUUAUUUCAUUCACGAUAAGAAAUUAAUCAGUAAUUUAUUGUGUAUACUUAAGGAACAAAGAAAGGAUGAAGAAUUAGUGUACAGAGUAUUAUUUUUAAUUAAAACAUUGUUAGAGGAGCAUUUAGUGAGUGAUAAUGAGGAAACAUUUGUUGGUAUUACUGAUAAUUUACAAAAUAAAUUAGCUUUUAAAAAGCUAGUUGAAAGUUAUAAAAAAAAAAGCAAUAGUAGUAAUGGUGAUGCUAUUGUACAAGAAUGUAAUGAUAUAUUAAAAUAUAUAUAA